AUAUGCAUAGUUUUUGUCCUUAUUACUGUAUUACAUGUAUCAGAUGUGACAUUUUCCAGAUGUAUAUUUACCACUUGUUUCCAGCAGGGGGCGUAUUGACUGCACUUUACAAAGCAGAGGCUCCAUCUUUCAGUUUUUUUUUCCUCCUGGCUCUGGGUUGGAACACAGAGGAUGACGCUCUUUCCACCCACGUGCUACAGCCUCCUCGAUUGCUUCGUCUGCAUCGCCGCAUAACCGACCCAGAUAUUCCGUGUUCGGACCCGAGUCGCCGUGUAAUAGGUCGUGUGACGCAGCAACGAGGCCGCUCCCUGCUUUUGUCCGUUCUCUGUCUGAGCAGCUCAGGCGAGAGGCCGUUUUGAAAAGAGCCCCAGCAGGACCAGGGUUAAUUUAGGCCACCGAUGCGCUGGAGGAGGCGGCUGCCCCGCGCUCUCCGAGGUGGGGGUCGGAGGGUAUGGGUUCGAAUCCCAGGACAGUCGCUCCGGCCCCUGCGUCAUCAGUCCAUCCGGUCUGCGUUCUGGACUCACGCAGUCCGAAUUUUUAUCCCUCCCAGGCAAAUCGAUCACUUCCGAGCUCUUACAGUAAGGAAAAUAGCAAUAACGUGCAUUUAAAUGAAUAGCUUCCCAUCCUUUUCACUGCAAAAUAUGACAAAACUGGUAUUAAAUUUGUGGAACUGUCAUUAUUUCUCCCCUCGGCACAUUACUGAUGGGAAUUGCUGUCCCUCGGUGGCUUCUAUUCUUCGUCCUUCUUUGACCCCGGGAUUAAAAGCAAUAACUUGAGUACGAUUAUGUAUUAAAUGUGGGCGGAGCCAUCGGGGCCGGGAGCCUGCAGCGUGUGAACGGGGUCUACGGUCGAAUGCUGCUCGUGUUUAGCGUGUGUGUACGUGUUGUGUGUGAUUGACCUGUGAUGGACUGGGAUCCUGUCCAUCUGGUCCAUAGCUAUAAGCUCCUGACCACCAAGACCCUGGACUGGACAAGCGGUUACUGAUAAUGGAGAAAAAUUUUAUUUUACUCCUUAACUAAAACUUAGAAGGGUAUUUUUCUGGUGUACUCAGACUGAAUGUCUUCUUUACCACAGAGCUACCAGGUUAUAAACCCAGGUCGUUACCCUGUAAUUAUUAAAAUCUUCCUUACUGUGUGAACGCAGAGACCCCGCGGUCAAGGACUAUGGUUUUCUGUUGUUAUAUUUCUCCCAGGUGCCCCACCCGCCGAAACUUUCUAUAGACACGUCCCCCCGUUCCGAGUAAACCGCACUGACCAUAGAUCCCACCUGCCCUUCUUUUUUUCCCACACAUGCCAUCAUGUCACCAUUCAGUUACCUUUAGGCUCAGGUGCUUUAAAGGGGCGGCUGCUCUGCAUCAAUAUAUAGCUGCACACCUUAAAGGGGCGGCGGCUACAUAUGUUUCCCUACAUGUGUUCUAAUGAUGAAAAGGAGAAUCUCAGAGCAUCAUUGUAUAUUGCCUUUAAAUCUCUGUGUUUCGAUAAAUAUGUUUUUAUUUUUAAUGCACAAAAAUAUUCCCCUCCCCAGGUUCGCUGUCUUCAUUUAUGUUUUAUACCCCGCUGCUGACAGCGCCUUCCUUCAAGUGCCAGGCUGCAUUAAGGGCCUGAACCCCAUACUCCCCUGGUGCACGCUCCAGUCACAUGAUGGAUACUUGCUAGACUUGGAAGCACGUGGCCACAUCCGAUGACUGACGCCGAUCGAAGAAGAGCCGUCUUCACUGGUGCAGAUACCUGGAUGAGCCUUCGUGGGCGCUGGUGCAACACCUGAGCCCAACCAACAGGAAAUACGCACACCUCCCCUGCCAUUCUCCUCCCUCUGCUGCAUCGAUGCUGUUGCCUCCCUCACUGAUGAUGUCAUCGGCUCCGUGUCGCUCAGCAUCCCAGCCCCGGUCAGCCGGCAGAGCCAUUUUGCCUUCAGGACCGUGGACCGAGCGCGCGUAGCGCCUAGACCCCUGUGACCCCCCCCGGCUCCCCUGGCCCCCCCCCCCACUGCAAGGCCGCUCGGCACCGGGCCCUGCGGCGCGUCCGGAUACACCCUCUCCGGCUGCCUCGGGACGAGGACCACCGGAGGCUGCCAGCCGAGGGUCGAGCGCAGGAGCGGCGAGAGACGCCGGAGAGGAGUCGGAACCCACGGAGAGGUCCUGCGAUCGUCCCGCGCCACGGAAACGUGACACCAGAAGGUCCUAAGCACCUCGCUCGCAGCAGCCCGCCCCGCCCCACCCCGGGCCCACCCUGCACCGACCCACACCAUGGCGGGCGCCUCAGUGAAGGUGGCGGUGCGCGUGCGCCCCUUCAAUUCGCGGGAGAUGGGGAAGGAGAGCAAGUGCAUCAUCCAGAUGUCGGGCAACACCACGACCAUCAUCAACCCCAAGCAGCCCAAAGAGACGAAGAGCUUCAAUUUUGACUUCUCCUACUGGUCUCACACCUCGCCAGAGGACACCAACUAUGCGUCUCAGCAGCAGGUGUACCGGGACAUUGGAGAAGAGAUGCUGCUGCAUGCCUUUGAAGGCUACAAUGUUUGCAUCUUUGCCUAUGGCCAAACAGGUGCUGGGAAGUCCUACACCAUGAUGGGAAAGCAGGAGCCCGGGCAGCAAGGCAUCAUACCACAGUUGUGUGAAGACCUCUUCACCAAGAUCAACGACAAUGAUGACAACAGCAUGUCCUACUCUGUAGAGGUCAGCUACAUGGAGAUCUACUGUGAGCGAGUGCGAGACCUUCUGAAUCCCAAGAACAAAGGCAACUUGCGUGUGCGGGAGCACCCCCUCAUGGGGCCCUACGUGGAGGACCUGUCCAAGCUGGCCGUUACCUCCUACAAUGAUAUCCAAGACCUGAUGGACUCUGGAAACAAGGCCAGGACGGUGGCGGCCACCAACAUGAACGAGACCAGCAGCCGCUCGCACGCCGUCUUCAACAUCAUCUUCACCCAGAAGAGGCACGACGCUGACACGGACAACACCAGCGAGAAGGUCAGUAAAAUCAGCCUGGUGGACCUGGCUGGGAGCGAAAGGGCUGAUUCCACAGGAGCCAAAGGAACCAGGCUGAAGGAAGGAGCAAAUAUAAACAAAUCGCUGACGACGCUCGGGAAGGUCAUCUCUGCCCUGGCUGAAGUGGACUCCGGACCAAACAAGAACAAAAAGAAGAAGAAGGUGGAGAGCUUCAUUCCCUACAGAGACUCGGUGCUCACCUGGCUGCUGAGGGAAAACCUGGGGGGCAACUCUCGCACUGCCAUGGUGGCAGCCCUCAGCCCCGCGGACAUCAACUACGACGAAACCCUCAGCACGCUCAGGUAUGCUGACCGGGCCAAGCAGAUCCGCUGCAAUGCUGUCAUCAACGAGGACCCCAACAACCGGCUGGUGCGCGAGCUCAAGGAGGAGGUGUCCCGGCUCAAGGAGCUGCUGUAUGCUCAAGGCCUUGGGGACAUCAUUGAGACGUAUCGCGGUCCUGGGUCCGAGAUCGGUGAUAUGAAACACUUACCUGAUUACAAGAACCAAAUCAAUAGUCUCCCGGCUGUCAGUCAAAGGGGUCAUCUCUCCACAGUGACAAACGCCAUGACGGGGAUGAGUCCAUCCCCCUCUCUUUCCGCCCUGUCCAGCCGUGCUGGGUCCAUCAGCAACCUGCAUGACCGCAUCAUGUUCAGCCCGGCUAGCGAGGAGGCCAUCGAGCGACUCAAGGAAACGGAGAAAAUCAUUGCAGAGCUCAAUGAAACUUGGGAAGAGAAGCUACGUCGGACAGAGGCCAUUCGCAUGGAGCGAGAGGCAUUGCUUGCAGAGAUGGGCGUGGCCAUGCGAGAAGAUGGAGGCACUUUAGGGGUCUUUUCACCCAAGAAGACUCCUCACCUUGUAAACCUCAAUGAGGAUCCCUUGAUGUCCGAGUGUUUGCUCUACUAUAUUAAAGAUGGCAUAACCAGGGUGGGCCGGGAGGACGCCAGCAGCCGACAGGACAUUGUUCUCAGCGGCCACUUCAUCAAAGAUGAGCACUGCACGUUCACUAGCACUGCUGGAGCCACGGGUGAAGUAACUGUCAUUCUCGAACCCUGUGAGGGGGCAGAGACUUACGUUAACGGAAAGAGGGUUACUGAGCCAACUGUCCUCCGGUCUGGGAAUCGCAUCAUCCUGGGGAAGAGCCACGUGUUCCGGUUCAACCACCCGGAGCAAGCGAGACAGGAGCGGGAACGCACGCCGUGUGCCGAGACCCCCAUGGAGCCCGUGGACUGGGCUUUUGCUCAGAGGGAGCUACUGGAAAAGCAGGGCAUCGACAUGAAAGUGGAGAUGGAGCAGAGGCUGCAGGAGCUUGAAGACCAGUAUCGUAAGGAGAGAGAAGAGGCCAACAACCUCUUAGAACAGCAGAGACUGGAUUAUGAGAGCAAGCUUGAAGCCCUACAGAAGCAGGUGGACUCCCGGUAUUAUCCAGAAACCACAGAGGAAGAGGAGGAGCCAGAAGAGGAAGUGCAAUGGACGGAGAGGGAGAUGGAACUGGCGCUCUGGGCUUUCCGCAAAUGGAGGUGGUACCAGUUCACCUCCUUGAGGGACCUGCUGUGGGGAAAUGCCAUCUUCCUGAAGGAGGCCAACGCCAUCAGCGUGGAGCUGAAAAAGAAGGUCCAGUUCCAGUUUGUCCUGCUCACCGAUACGCUAUAUUCACCCCUGCCACCUGACCUGUUGCCCCCGGAAGCGGUCAAAGACAGGGAGAAACGGCCCUUCCCCCGCACCAUUGUGGCAGUGGAGGUGCAGGACCAGAAGAAUGGUGCCAUUCACUACUGGACCCUGGAGAAGCUCAGGCAGAGGCUGGAGCUGAUGCGAGAGAUGUACGACCGAGCGGCCGAGGUCCCCAGCAGUGCCAUUGAGGACUGCGACAAUGUGCUGACCGGCGGCGACCCGUUCUACGACCGCUUCCCCUGGUUCCGCCUGGUGGGCAGCACCCCCAUUUUCAACACGUGCAUGAGCGAGCGCAUGACCGAUCUCACCCCCUCCCCCACCUUCUCCGACCCCGACUCUGACAUUACUGAGCUCGCCGACGAGCGGCAUGACGGGAAGGUGGUGGCGGAGGUGGAGGGGGAGGAGGCGCAGUUGGAGGAGUUGGAGGACCUGGACGAUGAGAUCUUUUUGGACGACCCGUGCUCGGAGCUGGGGGGAGAUGAGGGCGAGUGUUGCCCGGGCUCCAGCGAAGGCCAGGACCCCUUUUACGACCGCUCGCCUCUAUUCAGUGUAGUGGGAAGAGCCUUUGUGUAUCUCAGCAACCUGCUCUACCCUGUGCCCCUGGUGCACCGGGUCGCCAUCGUGAGCGAGAAGGGGGAUGUUAAGGGCUUCCUGAGGGUCGCAGUUCAAGCAAUCUCAGCUGACGAAGAGGCCCCUGACUAUGGCUCUGGGGUAAGGCAGUCUGGCACUGCUAAGAUCUCCUUUGAAGACCAGCAGUUUGAGAAGUUCCAGACAGAGUCCUGCCCUUUGGGCCUGUCUCGCUCAGGAACAUCUCAGGAAGAGCUGCGCAUUGUGGAAGGACAAGGGCAAAGCACGGAUUUUGGCCCAUCUGCAGACGAGGUCAACAACAACACAUGUACAGCCAACGAAGAGGAGCUGGACAGCCCUGUGAAGGCCAUCCAGGAUGGUCCAGUGGAUGGCUUUCUAGACCACCUGCGGAUUGGCAGCAUUUUCACCUUCAGAGUCACGGUCCUGCAGGCCUCCAGCAUCUCUGCGGAGUAUGCUGAUAUCUUCUGCCAGUUCAAUUUCAUCCACCGGCAUGACGAGGCUUUUUCAACGGAACCCUUGAAGAAUACAGGUCGUGGGCCUCCUCUGGGCUUCUACCACGUACAAAAUAUUGCAGUUGAGGUGACAAAAUCAUUUGUGGAGUACAUUAAAACCCAGCCCAUCGUUUUCGAAGUCUUCGGUCAUUACCAGAAACAGCCAUUCCCACCCCAGUGUAAAGACCUCAUGAGUCCACUGCGGCCAGCGCGGCGGCAGUUUCCGAGGGUCAUGCCAUUGUCCAAACCAGCGGCUGACACGGAUGCCCUCUCCGAUCGUGAGAAGACUAUGGAGCUGAUCCGCUUCCUGGUCCCGGAUGUGCUCAACGGGCCGCUGAUGGACUCGCUCUCGGGCCACGCCCUGUCUGCUGCAGGCUUGGCCGCCUCCUUCCUCCUGGAGGGGGAGGAGCCCCACGCCCUGCCUUCUCUCCCCGCCUCUGUCUGUGCUGUUAUCAAAGCGCAGAAGCCGGUGCCCGCAACCAAGCUGAGCACUCUGACGCGGCCCACAGCGGGGCCCUGCCACUGCAAGUACGACGUGAUGGUCUUCUUCGAGAUCUGCGAGCUGGAGGCCAACGGAGACUACAUCCCCGCUAUGGUGGAUCACAGAGGGGGCAUGCCCUGCCACGGCACCUUCAUGCUUCACCAGGGCAUUCAGAGGAGGAUCACGGUGACCAUUGUUCAUGAGACAGGCAGAGACAUUGAGUGGAAGGAGGUCAGGGAGCUGGUUGUGGGACGUAUCCGCAACACUCCCGAGGCAGACGAGACCAUCAUUGACCCCAAUAUAUUGUCCCUCAACAUCUUGUCCUCGGGGUAUAUAAGGCCAUCACAGGACGACAGACAGUUUCUUGAUUCGGACAUACCUAGGACAUUCUACCGAUUCGAGGCAGCCUGGGACAGCUCCAUGCACAACUCCCUGCUGCUGAACCGCGUCACCCCCUACGGGGAGAAAAUUUACAUGACCCUCUCCGCCUACCUUGAGAUGGAGAGUUGCACCCAACCGGCCGUGAUAACCAAAGACUUCUGCAUGGUAUUUUAUUCCCGAGAUGCCAGGCUUCCCGCCUCGCGCUCAAUCCGCAGCCUCUUCGGCAGCGUCAGUCUCAAGGCGUCUGAGAGUAAUCGGGUUACUGGAGUGUACGAGCUCAGCUUGUGCCACCUGGCUGAUGCUGGAAGUCCAGGAAUGCAACGGAGGCGCAGGAGGGUUCUGGACACCUCCGUGGCGUAUGUCCGUGGAGAGGAGAACCUAGCGGGGUGGAGGCCUCGCAGUGACAGCCUCAUUCUGGACCAUCAGUGGGAGCUGGAGAAGCUGAGCCUGCUGCAGGAGGUGGAGAAGACCCGGCACUACCUGCUCCUGAGGGAGAAGCUGGAGUCCACGCUCCUUCUGGGCCAGGAGUCGCUGUCUUCCUGCGGCAGCGAUGACCUCAGCGACUCCUCACAGUCCUCAUCCGACAGCAGUUCCUCCUCAGGUUCCGCCGAGGCCCCCGACAUCCCCAGCGAGAGGCAGCGAGAGCUGGCCGCCAAGUGCCUGCGGCUUCUCACGCACACCUUCAACAGGGACUACAGCCCGGUGUGUGUCAGCGCCAGCGAGAGCAAGCUGUCGGAGAUGUCUGUGACGUUACUCAGAGAUUCCUCUGCCUCCGGGCUGAGUUCCCUGACCCCGUCAUCCACCUGUCCAUCGCUGGUCGAGGGUCACUACGGCAACGCUGAGCCGAGGACCCCAGAACUGCACUCUCGCUCCCUCACCCCUGAGUUCGACCCCCUCCUGGAGGGAGAGUUAAAUACCCCCCCUGGCAACGGCCUCGACACAAAGCCCAGGGUCCGAAACUUUGUCCCUGACAUCCAGGAGAUCCGAGUCAGCCCCAUCGUGUCCAAGAAGGGGUACCUGAACUUCCUGGAGCCCCACACCAAUGGCUGGGUGAAGCGCUACGUGGUGGUGCGCCGGCCCUACGUCUACAUCUACAACAGCGAGAAGGACAGUGUUGAGAGAGCCAUCCUGAACCUCUCCUCCGCCCAGGUGGAGUACAGCGAGGACCAGCAGGCCAUGCUGAAGACCCCCAACACCUUUGCCGUGUGCACUGAGCAUCGUGGGAUACUGCUCCAAGCCGGCAACGAUAAAGAGAUGCACGACUGGCUGUACGCAUUUAACCCUCUUCUUGCCGGAUCAAUCAGAUCCAAACUGUCGCGGAGAAGAGCCGGACAAAUGAGGAUGUGAGAAGACUGCUCCUGCUUGUCCCCCAACGGGUUUUCUGGAAGAACCAGACGGCACAGGAAACAAAGACUAACCGUGUAUAUAGAUCACCUGACCUAACACCCCAUUGUCAUGCUGAUUCGGCAACCACCUCCUCGAACCCUCCCGACCCCCAUACCCCGUAACCUGCCUGCUCCUGCACAUGCUCAGUUGGUUGUGAUCAAAACAAGACUCGGUGCAAGGCCCCCUCAUCUUCGCUCUGUGUUGACGUUGUCAGCGAUGGGCCCGUCGCCUAAACGUCGUGUACCAGUGAGGGCCCGACUUUAACGGCAUGUUCCGAGUAAAGGGAACGAAGGCUGAAGGGAAGGAUGGUGUCUGUACCGGACGGGAUCUCACAGAACACCUUUUGAUGAUCACUAUAAUACCAAUGAGAUGUUUGCUUUGCCCAUACAUGGGAAAUUUCAGCCCAGUACCACAAACAGUAUAUGAAUUUGACAGAUUCUAGAAUAAUCUCUUGGCUUUGGAGAAAAAAAUGGAUCGCCCCUUGACCGGUAUAUCCGCUACCUUAGAGGGUCGACGCGGACGUCCGGUCGGUUUCAACCGCAGGGCGCUCUCUCUUUGUUAGAAUGCACAACUGCAUGGGAGCUUUGGGGGAUGAGAAGUGGGCGAACCCUGAGCAUUUCGUCUUGAAUUCCACCAGGUCUCCCUGAUCCCUGCAAAGCAAAGAGUCACAUUUUACGGGUCGUACUAGUACUUCGUACUCUUUUUCCAGGUUCAACUCGCCCAAACGCAAGGAUCCGUGUCUGGUUUUCGACAUAUAAUAGCGUCCCAUCAUAUUUUCAGUGGUAUUGAUUAGGACGGCUCCUUUAACACAAAAUAUAGCCCCAGUAAAGUACUGUAAUGUGGCCGAAGCGCUCAAAACAAAUACCGUACAAUCCCUCUCUGUUUCGCGUUACGUCUCUAAACCCUGUUUUAAUAUAUUUAUUUAACCACACGGUUGUUUAUGUAAGCUUUUAUUUAUUGACAAAAAUUAUUUAUAUUUCUGUUGAACUACUCAACGGUUUCUGCAUAUAGCACUUUCUAUUGUGUGUCUCCUCAAUAUAAUUUAACCAAAAAAAGCUAGAAUUCGUCUCUUAGUUCAAGACAUUUGGGCUGCUGUGUUGAGUACACGAACGAAAAGCAUUCUAGCUCCUGUCUUAUCGAAUGUAUCUGAAGUUGCCUCUUCUGUGUCGCUACGGGCCCGUAGUCCCAUAAUACUCCCAUAAAUAACUUUGAAUGUGAGCCGGAGAUCGAAACAUGGAUACGUGAUGAAUCAAAUCGGUCACAUAAAUGUUUUAUUCUGCUAGAUUUGUCAUUUUUGACAGGUUUAAACCUGGUGUAAAUACUGACAAUUUGGACCCAAACUUUUAAACAUCUCCGAAUAUCUUUUACUCACAAAUCACUGGCAUUGCGUGGAGCAACAUCCUUAAGCCUCCUUUAUCACGGAAAAAUGAACAGGGUGUCACGUUGGUAAAACCUGUGGGUAAAAGAGUGUCUGCGAGUUAAAUCCAUCGGCUAGCACUGUUUUCACCGCCAUGAAAGGUAGUUUUGUCACAAGCCUGUUACCUUCCUCUGCUUUUGUAAUGUCUGCUGCUUACCUGGGCUCUCCUGGACAGGGAAAUAUGCACUUUUUUGCUGUAAAAUUAGUGUAGUGUAAUGCACUGACUGUGCCUCUUGGAGUCUUUGAGUUGCAAAUGGCAUUUUAGCGUUUUCUUAAAGUGACUUGUAUAAAUUAUGAAUAUAGACGGCUACUGACUGGCGUUACGCUAGACGUGUCGCCUCGCCUACCGUACGCAUCCACGUUCCACUUCUGGGAAAGGACCGAGGAGGCCCCCGCCGUCUCGCGUCCGCCGUUCGGCUCCUUACGUAACGCCGUCGCACCUCGGGCCUCGGUUUUCCAUUCCGUCACGUUCCGACUCGGGGUCACGCUCGGCUCUGAUUGCCAUCUAGUUUUAAUGCCUCUGUAUAGUCUUUCUUCGACAGCGUCCGAAAGCGUCCGCCUCCGGGAGGGGUUUCUUCCCACGUCCCGAAGUCCCUCGACAUCCAUACGUGUACCGCAAGGUGGCCAAAGGUCGCGAAGGGCAGACCGGCAGUUAAAAAUAAAUAUGGCGAAGGACCGGCAUCAUCACGCAUCUUAACAUUUCGGAUAUCCCGAGGGCCCCACUGCACCCGUGCCCUUGGUCAGCCAGCUGCUGCGGCACGUCUCGCAGAUUCCUUCCUGUGUGUUGCCACGGCGAUGUUUGAAACAGUCUCACGGGAUCUCCCAGCAUGCCUUAGGCCAGCCAACCUAUAGAGCAUGCGCACAUAGAUACUGAUCACCGACCACCGACCUGUUCCCUCGGGGUAUCCCAAACGCAGAGGAUGAAGGCGUGCUUAUGUGGGCCGGCUCCAUCGGUAACCCAGCUCGGACUCCCUGGACGCGCAUCGGUCGGGUCCUGGGUACGAGUGCUGGUUACCAUCUAUGCACAGCAGUAACUCCAGUUUUUUCCAGUGAAAAGGUGAUUCUCCACAGUGCUUGGGCAUUAGCAGUAGUGCCUUGGUGUACACACGUACGUCCCUGUAUAGCUGUAUUUAAUAACACCCGGUGGGGGUUUCUGUGUGUACGCAAACGCAACCAGGAGGGUUUAUAACUGGGCAGUGUGAGGCUCUCUGUCUCAGAGCUGCCCAUUCAGCUGCGUGGGUUGGGACCCUCUUUUGGCCACCGUAUUUUUACAUUUCGCAGAUUUUUCAUCUUUUCUUUAAAGCCUUAUGGUGCCUAACAAGAGAAUACACCGAAACUUCAAUUCUCCGUUUCUGCUGUCUGCGAGCAUGUGCACGGAACCGUGCGGACGUGCUGACGUGGACGUUAAAGUGAGCUUUGUUGCGAUCGCCUGGGUAGAACUCAAGUGGACCCCCCCCACCACCACCACCACCGUAGGUACUUGACCGGUGGCGUGAGGUGCGACGGUCCGUAUUCUUCAGACGUUCCGGUUUCCAGCCAGUAGCCGAUCUAGUUUAGAACUACUGUGGAGUGUUUGAUGGCACUUAAAUUAUGAUUGUAAUACUCAAACGUCGCGUACAUCCUAUGUAUCAAGACAAACGAGCAUCCUGAACACCGAAACUGUCCUGUUCCACCGCCGUCUGUCUGGAAUCGAAGGAUCUGUUUCAUUCCUCUCCUUUGCAACGGAAUUUAAUUUACGGAGGCGUCACUUACGGCCUGCUUUGGCUGGGGAUGCGGUUCCAGGGCUAUCGAUGGGUUCGAUAUUGAUAUGUGCUUCUGAGUGGCACGGCUGCACCGAAUGACAGCGGCUGCAUCAUGGGAACGUUAAGAAAAAAAAAAAAAAAAACGCAUCGCGCUGGUUUGGGGUCUGUGGUUCUGUGAGAGGUGUCCUGGUGUCAGAUCGCUUCGGGGGCCAUUGCAGACGCCACUCUCUGCUCUCCGCUCCCCCCCACCCCGACCUUCCCGAUGCGUUCCAAUAGAUGUUCUCGAGGCAGCACUUUCAAAACGAUCCCUCUCGUUUUGCAUUUAUUUCUGUGCCUCUACGUGUCCUAUUAACCCCCCACCUGCCAGCCCCAUCCCGAGGGUCCUUUCUGCUUUAGCUCUGUAAACUAAAUGCAUCAUCAUCAUCAUCAUCAUCAUCAUCAUCAUCUUUAAAACACUUUCUCAUGUUCUUUUUUAUUUUGCUCUGUAUAUAAAUAUGAUUGCUGUGGAUUGUGUAUUAUACCGCUGUAACCCGUUUGUACCAUCCUAAAUGGGCAGUAGUUUAAUCAAUGUCUCAGACUAUUUUGAGUGUUGGAGUUAAGAGUCUUCAAAUGUUGUGUACACUUAACACAUCGUCGGAAAUUAAAUAAAUGUGAAAAUUACG